CCCCAGAAUUCAAAUUGUUAUAUAUAAAGAAUUAAAUCGUUUUUUGUGAGUGUAAAUUUAUCAAAAAAAAAUGAUUAAAAGAAAAUCAAUUUUAUUAUCAUUAUUGGUGCCCUUCCUAUUAAACCUAGUCUUUUGUGUCAAUUUCAUUACUGCAGCACAAAACGAUAUUUCUAAAGGAGUUGAUAUAGAUCGCUCAAACAUACCUAAAAAUAUUUUGUUUGGUUCUUUUAUGGGCGGAAGAAGUCAUGUUAAACCAAUGCUAGACAUUGCUGAGAUAUUGGCUGAAAGAAGCUACAAUGUAAUAUUAUUGGCAUCCGGAAAUAAUGUAUUGUCAUCAGAGUAUCCAGCCGUUAAGCAAAUUUCAUUAGGUCCUAGCACGGGCAUGAAAAAUUUAGGAAAGGAUGGAAUUGAUGAAGAACAAGACUAUAAUGCUAUGAAAAGUCUCUGGGAAAUAGGCCCUGUGUAG